UACGAUGAGUACGCUGUUCGCACGCGUAUUCAGGCAGGCUUGGGCCACAUUCGAACAAACGGCCACAUCCGAUGGCAAGUUUGCUACCAAUCUGCACGCGCUACACCGUCUAGUCGGUCAGCUAACGCUCGCGGACAUCGGGCUCGAACCUUCGCUCGUUGCCACGGAAACGUUCCAGCAACCAUCCAAAGCACCCUGCACCUACGUUGGUGUGUUCGAGAACGAUCGGUUUGCUAUGUCCGUGUUUGUGCUGCGGGAAAACUACACCAUGCCAUUGCAUGACCACCCGCAGAUGCACGGUCUGCUGCGGGUCGUUUCCGGUGCGGUGCAAAUCUGCAGCUACAGUGAGGUGGCCCGCCGCGACACGGUAGAGCCGAAGGAUGGCAAACUCCGGCGGCAUGUGCUGGUUGUGGCCGAACCGGAAAAGAUUAUCAGCUCGUCGGCCGGUGACUGUGCCGUGCUGACACCUACCGAGCGUAACUUUCACGAGAUAACGGCAAUCGGUGGACCGGCUGCGUUCUUCGACAUUCUUAGCCCGCCGUACAAUCUGUCCAGCCAGCCGCAAUACUUUUUCUACCGGAAGGUGCCGGUACCGCGCCAUUUGGCGGAGAUGGAACCGCACGGGUUCGGUGGACCCAACAUCCGGCCGGCACAGGAGGACGAGCGACCACGGUACGUGCUGGAGACGAUUCCCAACCCGGAACACUACUACUGUGAUACGGUGCAGUACAGCACGCCGGAGUUUAUGUACCGUCCGGAGAUGGGAGGCACCACAUCGACGUCUUCGUCAGAUGUGAAUGUCUAG